AGUCUCUAUGAUAACACCUUUUCGGCAAUAAGAAUAGUGAUAGCGGAAGGAAACAUUUACCGAUUUGUGACAGUCUACCUGAGACGUCAUCAACAAAGAUGGCGGCGACCAUAGAAGAAACUAUUGACGUCUAAUCUUGGAAUUCUACAUCGGAUUUUGUACAUAUGGCCAUGCUUUGAGGGAGCUUGAUCUUGGUACACCAGAAGAACCAUGAGUUGGUGGAAUGCUAGCAGUUUUUCAGACCUUGCCUCUCAGGCAAUAAAAAAUGCUCAGAAGAAAAUUGACAAAGUUCUGGAUAUUGAUGAGGAAGGAUUACAACAAUCAAAACCAUCUUCUGUUAACAUACCUGCAAAGGAAGAGACUUCUACACCAGAAAAGAAAAAUGAUUUCUGGAAUACGUGGAUGCCUUCCCCUCAGUCUGACAAGGCAGAGGAAGGGACAGAGGAGGAAGGGGCUAGGAGCUCAUGGUCUAUGCCCUGGGGUUCUGUCCAUCAAGAUGUAGAACCCCAGUCAAAAACAAAAAGUCCAACUACUCUUACUUCAUCUGAAAGACAGGAAAAGAGGCAGAAAUCAAAAGAUCCAGUAUCUACCACUGUGCAACACUCCAGUGUUAGUAAAAAAAGUCAUGGUACUAAGACAGAAGGGAAGGCUUCAAAACGAACUACGGAAAAGGCUACGAAAAGUACCUCUGAUGAUAAAAAAGUGGUAGGCAACAUUCCGGUGGUGGAAAGUAAGGAGAAGGUGGAGAACUGGGAUUCUUCUUCAGCUUGGACUAGUGAAUCACUGCUAGCCUGGCAAGGCGAAGGUCGUGAAGUUAGUGCAGACCUAGAACUUGAGGGCACACAACAUGAAUCAUUAAGGCUUGAUUCAAGUUCAAAAUCAUCAAAACAAGAAAAAGAUGAAAGCUUAACAGAUAUUUGUCCUGAUAACUUUAAUAUGAAGGCAAUAAAAAAAGAUGAAGAAAUAGAUUUGCAAAAGGACAAUGUAGAAAAUUUGUUACAAAGAGAUGGUGAUCAUACUAAGAGUAGUGAUAAAGGGUUAGACAGGAAUCUGUCAGAUUCGCUAUUGGACGAUACAAGUGCCGACUGUAAGACUGAGAAGUCCAGUAGUAUUUCUGUAAUUGAGUCUACAGAAGGAGUGAUUUCUCUCAGUGAUGACAGUGAUCAGGAUGGCAAAUGUGGUGUCGGUAAGUCUGAUCAGUCCAGCAGUGUAUUGCUGGUACAGACUGACUCGACGGAUACAUUUCCCACUGGGGGAAAUGAGGACUAUGCAGUGGAUUUAGAUAGUGUUGUGAUUCAACCAAGUGACACUCAAGUUUCAGGGACCACAUCUUCUGUGAUGGACAAUGAGGUGAAGGGAAGUCCAGCAGAUUCAGAAUCUGAACUAGUGAAAUGUGAAAAUGUUGAUGUUGAAAAACAAGAAGCAUCAAGUGAUUUGACCAAUUACAGUAAGGAAGUGAAUGAUUUUGAAACACAAAAAGAAAAAGACUUGGGGGAAUCUACAAGUGAUUCAGGUAGUGUUAUGACAAAAAUGAAUUUGAAGGAAACUUCAGCCGAUACAGACAAUAUUCUGGCCCAGUCCUCCAUUUCUAGUGGGUCAGGUGAAGGUGCAAUGGAAGAGGUGAUUAAAGAUCACGGGAUCACUGAAACAGAUGUCUUAGAGAGUUUGGGGAAGUGUACAAGUCCCUCUACCUGUAGCUCUGUAUGUUCAUCAGACACCAGUAAACUGGACAGUAGUAUGGACACCCACACCUCAGAGGAUACGGUUGUGGAUAAUCGGGGAGAGGAAGAAGCUGUAGGGGAGAUAACUCAUGAGGAACAGAUCAGUACAAGAGAAGUGAAUUCAGAGGGUACUAGUAUAAAGGAAGUGACUGUGCAUGAAACUGCAGCUUCAAGUCAAGCUCAGCGGGAGGAAACUGACAGUCAUGAUUCCACAGAAUUCCAAGAUGAUUCUCAUAAAAUCACAGACAGUAUGUUCAGUGUAUCGUCAAGUAGUUCAUAUGUAAAAUGUAUGAUAGAGGAGGCUAUGGAGGAUAAUGGCAGGAGUGAAGAUAACAAUAGUGACUGUCAUUCCACAGGAGGUGAAAAGUCUGAGUGUUCUAGAAGCACUGGCGGACAUGAAUCAGGGGAUGAUAUUGACACUACAACAUCUUCAGAUAUUGAAAUAAUUUCAACACCUAAUUCUAUAAAUAAUGGAGAUUCCAACAAAAUGGUGGAUCUAUCGCCAUUGAAAAUUGCAUUACAGAAAACAGCUCGACGAGAAAGUCCCACACAUAGACGAACAGACAGUGCAUCAAGUUCCAGUACCCACAGCCGGGAAGGACAAGGGGAACAACUGAGUCCGGGUCGAGACAGCCUUGAGGAUGAAAACCAGUAUGGUGAGAACAGAGAUCUACCACUAGACAAGCAAAAACUGGCACCUGUCCGUGAAGAGAAAGGAGACCCAUAUAUGAAUCCACAGAAAGUUUUAAAAUUACAGACUGUGCCUGAACAUACAGAAGUUCAUCUGAGUCGAGAGAGCUACUGCGAUUCCACAUCUACUAGCAUGGCCUCCGAGAAAAUGGCAGAAAUGGCAGAAGUUAUCCAGGUUAGAGAGAGUAAGCUUAUACAGCUGAGUAAAGAUAACAACGACCUAAUGGAGGCCAACAGUAUAUUACGCAACCAGUUACAGCAGCUGGAAGAAUCUCGGGAACUUGAGUUGGAGGAUGUGAGCAAGGUCUCAUCAGAGUUUGCCAACAGGAUCGCGGAGUCCGAGAAAAAACUUAACAGCGUCAUACGGGAAAGAGAUACAGCAAGAAAAGACCUUCAGAAAUCUCAUGAUGAAUUUGCUAAAAGAAUAAGAGGAUAUGACUUAGAAAUAGAAGAAAAAGGUCAACAAAUAGCAGAACUAUUGCAAGAAGGUGAGAAGUUAUCUAAGCAGCAGCUACAGAGCAACAACAUUGUAAAGAAGCUGAGGGUGAAGGAGAAGGAAAAUGACAGCCUGUUAACCAGCCAAAAAAAUCAAUUGGAAAAUCAAAAGACAGAACUGGACCAUCUCAGAGCUGUUUGUGAAUCUAAGGAUGCAAUGGAGAAGAAGCAGACAGAGGGUAUCAAUCAGCUGAAUUCUGCAGUACAGAAACAGGAGAGGGAAAUAUCUAAACUAAAGAGUGAGCUGACAGAUGCUCAAGAAAGAGUAAGGGGUCUACAGGCAGCUCUGGACAACUCCUACAAAGAGAUUGCAGAGCUACACAAAUCCAAGGCUGCCCAGGACAGUAAGGUUCAGGAGACAGCCCUGAGCCUAGAGAUGUCUGUCCGGGAAGAACUCAAGGCUACCCUGACCAAAGAACAAUUCAGUUUCAAACAGGAGAGAGAGGCCCUUAUUAUUCAGAUAGAGGAUCUGCGAAUGAGUAUGUCACGAAUGGAGAAAGAACACCACCGGAGAGAGGACAUGUUGAGACAGGAAAUAUCUGACCUACAAAUGCAUUUACAAGAAGACGAAGCAAGGAAUCAGGAUGUGACACAGACAGUAACAACAGCCACUCGUCCUCUACUGAGACAGAUAGAGAAUCUCCAAACUACAUAUGCUGCCCAGUCUUCAUCAUGGGAGAAACUGGAGAAAACUCUCACCGACAGAAUAGUGGACAUUCAGACUCACCUGUCCAUUGCCGUUGAAAAGGAGCGGUCAGCAAGUGAAAAUGUGAUUGACCUCACGUCCAAUGUUACCGCCCUUGAGUCCCAGAACUGUCGUCUACGUCAAGAGAAGUCACAACAUGUAGCUCAACUGGAGAUGCUGAAGACACGUGUUGAGGUAUUGGAGGAUGCGAAAAACAGGUCAGUUCCAAAUCCUGAGCGAGAAAUCCAGAGGCCACAAUCGCGCGGAUCAUUGUCAGCAUCUCCCCAGAAUGUCCAGAGAAUGGACAGCAUAUCCAGCUUCAGUGAACCAUCUGCCCUCAACACAUCGUUCACUCAGGAUGACCUUGACAGGAACUUCCUGUUGUCUCCUGGGAGUAGUGGACUAGGAAGCUUGUCAAAGUCCAGUCUAUAUGAAAACAUCAGGCAAAGUGGUGCUGCCAAUCUUCUGGAGAAUUUACAGUCACAGCUGAAACUCCGGGAAGGCGAGAUUGUACAGUUACAGAGUGACAUUCAGCAGUUAGAGAGAACCAGGGAAUCCAUGGCUAGAGAGCUUGUCAAUCUGACCAAUCAGAAUGAAGAUCUUAAGGUCAAGGUUCAGUUAUUACCAGAGAUUCAGAACCAGAUGCAGGAAUUAAACCAGAGGUACAAUGCCAUGCUACAAAUGUACGGGGAGAAAGUAGAGGAAGCAGAGGAGCUAAAGAUGGAUCUCCAUGAUGUCAAAGAGAUGUACAAAACUCAGAUUGAUCAUUUACUUACAAAGUGAGCAGUUCAGAAAAAGGUGCUAAGUGCAAUAAUAUUGAGAUGGAACAAUCAGCAGGAUCUCUAGACCUACAUAUCUUCUGUAAAGUAGCAUGCCCGAAUUCAACAUGGACAGACAUGCAUGCUAUGAUUUAACAUUUUCAAAAUGACCAUUUCACUUGUGAGUGAUUGCUUGGAUGACAGUUAUACUAGAUUUUGUGAAAUGCAAAUCUAAAUCCCAGUCAUUGUGUAGUAUGAAAAAUGAGAAAAUCCAACAUGAGACUUAAAGUCUUAGAUAUUAAGAUUUUUACCAAUUGACAUGGUUUGAAUAACUGGUGAUAUGUCUAGUGCCAAUAUGUAUGUUUAGGUUUGUUAUUGUGUCUAUUGUUUGUGAUUAUUUAUGGUGUUACAUGCUUCAGGAUUACUGUAAGGUUAUUACCUAGUUGUUAAUGUUUUCUGUUUUUAUGUCCAGACUUAAUUAAUGCAUGUACUCAUUUGCAUCAAACCAUUAAUGAUUUUACAAUUAUCCAUGCCUUCCAGCAAAUGAAUUGUUUAAUACUUAUACCAUUUUUCUCAUGCAUUAAGUACAUUGUAUAUCUCAAGAUAAAUCCCAUUUAUUUGAAUAUUUAAUUUCUAUAUUGUUAAUGGUAGUUAUGGUGAUUUAUAGAAAUGUAGAUGUUACAGUUACUACAUAUUCUCAAAAAUUGAAGAAAGAAACUGUAGAUGUAUAUAUUUUAGGGAAAAUCUUAUUUCACACUGUUUGAGUUGAAAGUAUCACAAUAAAUUAUUUCUAUAGCAAAUAAUGUGGGUAUACCAAUUGAUAGUUACACUCAUCUGCUUAAAAUGUGAUAGCAUGCUAUUAAAAUGGGGAUCAUGCAAAAAUAAGUACAACUGUACAUAAUAGUACAAUAUAUAGCGGAAUGGAUUGGGAGACGGAAUCGCAUACACACAUAUAAUUCUCCCUGCAUCUAAUUUAUAUAUAUAUACAUACUUACCAGUGGAUUAUAAGUUUUUAUGUUGGUAAUUUAUGUAAUGCAAUACACCCUAGUUAUCCAGGUUACUAAUAUCUAUUAAAUAAAGGUUUAUCCUACUUUGGGCUUUCAACUUAGAACUAUAUAGUGUAUGAUUUGUAAGUGGAUAUGUUACUGUAUAUAUAGUGUAGCUACUACAUCACAACCGCUGGAUCCACUGUAUACCAGUGUCUGUAUCACUAGAAAUGUUGACUACUCCACUGUAUACCCGUGUCUGUACCACUAGAAAUGUUUACUACACUGUAUACCCGUGUCUGUACCACUAGAAAUGUUGACUACUACACUGUAUACCAGUGUCUGUAUCAGUAGAAAUGUUGACUACUACACUGUAUACCCGUGUCUGUACCACUAGAAAUGUUGACUACUCCACUGUAUACCAGUGUCUGUACCACUAGAAAUGUUGACUACUCCACUGUAUACCCAUGUCUGUACCACUAGAAAUGUUGACUACUCCACUGUAUACCAGUGUCUGUACCACUAGAAAUGUUGACUACUCCACUGUAUACCUGUGUCUGUAUCACUAGAAAUGUUGACUACUCCACUGUAUACCAGGGUCUGUAUCACUAGAAAUGUUGACUACUCCACUGUAUACCCGUGUCUGUACCACUAGAAAUGUUGACUACUCCACUGUAUACCAGUGUCUGUACCACUAGAAAUGUUGACUACUACACUGUAUACCAGGGUCUGUACCACUAGAAAUGUUGACUACUCCACUGGAUCCACUGUAUACCUGUGUCUGUACCACUAGAAAUGUUGACUACUCCACUGUAUACCAGGGUCUGUACCACUAGAAAUGUUGACUACUCCGCUGGAUCCACUGUAUACCCGUGUCUGUACCACUAGAAAUGUUGACUACUCCACUGUAUACCAGUGUCUGUACCACUAGAAAUGUUGACUACUCCACUGUAUACCCGUGUCUGUACCACUAGAAAUGUUGACUACUCCACUGUAUACCCGUGUCUGUAUCAGUAGAAAUGUUGACUACUCCACUGUAUACCCGUGUCUGUACCACUAGAAAUGUUGACUACUCCACUGUAUACCCGUGUCUGUAUCAGUAGAAAUGUUGACUACUCCACUGUAUACCAGUGUCUGUACCACUAGAAAUGUUGACUACUCCACUGUAUACCCGUGUCUGUAUCAGUAGAAAUGUUGACUACUCCACUGUAUACCCGUGUCUGUACCACUAGAAAUGUUGACUACUCCACUGUAUACCCGUGUCUGUACCACUAGAAAUGUUGACUACUCCACUGUAUACCCGUGUCUGUAUCAGUAGAAAUGUUGACUACUCCACUGUAUACCAGUGUCUGUACCACUAGAAAUGUUGACUACUACACUGUAUACCAGGGUCUGUACCACUAGAAAUGUUGACUACUCCACUGGAUCCACUGUAUACCUGUGUCUGUACCACUAGAAAUGUUGACUACUCCACUGUAUACCAGGGUCUGUACCACUAGAAAUGUUGACUACUCCGCUGGAUCCACUGUAUACCUGUGUCUGUACCACUAAAAUUGUUGACUACUCCACUGUAUACCUGUGUCUGUACCACUAGAAAUGUUGACUACUCCGCUGGAUCCACUGUAUACCCGUGUCUGUAUCACUAGAAAUGUUGACUACUCCACUGUAUACCAGUGUCUGUACCACUAGAAAUGUUGACUACUCCGCUGUAUACCUGUGUCUGUACCACUAGAAAUGUUGACUACUCCACUGUAUACCAGUGUCUGUAUCACUAGAAAUGUUGACUACUCCACUGUAUACCUGUGUCUGUACCAGUAGAAAUGUUGACUACUCCACUGUAUACCAGUGUCUGUACCACUAGAAAUGUUGACUACUCCACUGUAUACCAGUGUCUGUACCACUAGAAAUGUUGACUACUCCACUGGAUCCACUGUAUACCAGUGUCUGUACCACUAGAAAUGUUGACUACUCCACUGUAUACCCGUGUCUGUAUCACUAGAAAUGUUGACUACUCCACUGUAUACCUGUGUCUGUACCAGUAGAAAUGUUGACUACUCCACUGGAUCCACUGUAUACCAGUGUCUGUACCACUAGAAAUGUUGACUACUACACUGUAUACCCGUGUCUGUACCACUAGAAAUGUUGACUACUCCACUGUAUACCCGUGUCUGUACCACUAGAAAUGUUGACUACUCCACUGUAUACCCGUGUCUGUACCACUAGAAAUGUUGACUACUCCACUGUAUACCAGUGUCUGUAUCACUAGAAAUGUUGACUACUCCACUGUAUACCUGUGUCUGUACCAGUAGAAAUGUUGACUACUCCACUGUAUACCAGUGUCUGUACCACUAGAAAUGUUGACUACUCCACUGUAUACCAGUGUCUGUACCACUAGAAAUGUUGACUACUCCACUGGAUCCACUGUAUACCAGUGUCUGUACCACUAGAAAUGUUGACUACUACACUGUAUACCCGUGUCUGUACCACUAGAAAUGUUGACUACUCCACUGUAUACCCGUGUCUGUACCACUAGAAAUGUUGACUACUCCACUGUAUACCCGUGUCUGUCACCACUAGAAAUGUUGACUACUCCACUGUAUACCCGUGUCUGUACCACUAGAAAUGUUGACUACUACACUGUAUACCCGUGUCUGUACCACUAGAAAUGUUGACUACUACACUGUAUACCCGUGUCUGUACCACUAGAAAUGUUGACUACUACACUGUAUACCCGUGUCUGUACCACUAGAAAUGUUGACUACUCCACUGUAUACCCGUGUCUGUAUCACUAGAAAUGUUGACUACUCCACUGUAUACCCGUGUCUGUACCACUAGAAAUGUUGACUACUCCACUGUAUACCAGUGUCUGUACCACUAGAAAUGUUGACUACUCCACUGUAUACCCGUGUCUGUACCACUAGAAAUGUUGACUACUACACUGUAUACCCGUGUCUGUACCACUAGAAAUGUUUACUUCACUGUAUACCCGUGUCUGUACCACUAGAAAUGUUGACUACUCCACUGUAUACCAGUGUCUGUAUCAGUAGAAAUGUUGACUACUCCACUGUAUACCAGUGUCUGUACCACUAGAAAUGUUGACUACUCCACUGUAUACCAGUGUCUGUACCACUAGAAAUGUUGACUACUCCACUGUAUACCAGUGUCUGUAUCAAUAGAAAUGUUGACUACUCCACUGUAUACCAGUGUCUGUACCACUAGAAAUGUUGACUACUCCACUGUAUACCAGUGUCUGUACCACUAGAAAUGUUGACUACUCCACUGUAUACCAGUGUCUGUUCCACUAGAAAUGUUGACUACUCCACUGUAUACCAGUGUCUGUACCACUAGAAAUGUUGACUACCGAGGGAAUUUGUUUCGAGAUCUUUUAUUGUACUGGACUUAUGUAGGAUAGUUAAUGUACAUUCCAAAAACAAUGGAAACCCAUUGUGUGUAGCUAUAGUGUUACUGUGAUAAAUAUUUCCCAUGGACUGUGUGCUUGUAAAAUUUUGAAAAUUUUGUAUGAAAUUCAAAUUGAAUAGACAGAAUUUUAAAAAUUCUGAUCUGAAUAUAAAGUCUUUAAGGAGAGAUUCUUGUAUCGUGUUCUGGAAUUGUUCUAUAUAUUGAUCAGAUUUGUUUUCAAGAUUCCUCAAUUUUAUUAUUUUCCAUGUACAGUGAUGAGAGAAAGCCUUAUUCCUGAAAAAGGAACAAAAUCAUAGCAAACAAAUAGAGAUGGGAAGUAUGUUGUACUUUACUUAAUCAUGGUGUCAUGUAUUCUGGGUCACUGAUGACCGAGACACAAUUUUACUAUUUAUUUUAUAGGUACAUAAUGUAUAUGAUGCUGUCUGUUUUUAAGAUGAGUAUGAAUGUGAAAAGGUUUCAAAUGUGCACAAAUAAGUGGUUGUCUGGAUGUCAUUUCACAUUAAAAUGUGGGAAAUAAAUGAAUAUGGAACCAU